CAUUCCUACACAGCAACAACAGCUGGUCAUCACAAACACACACACACACACACGCACACACGCACACACGCACACACACACAUACGCCCCUCCCUCCUUUAUGUUCCUCCCUGCAGAUCCGGAGCUUCGUAGAGGCACCGCGCUCCACCUAAAUGUCCACACCGAGAAACCGCACUCCUGUCCCGCGUCAUUGAUCCAGACCGCCCGCCCUCUGGCUCCAACUGAGGAGGAGGAAAACACGGUGGAGACACUUCUCUGACUCCGACCUAUUCAAACAGCCUCAAGUUAAGCCGGAGAUUUACUAACACCCGGAAACGGGGAUUUUAAAUUAAAAGCAUAAGUCUUUUUUUUUUUCUGCCUUUUUACAUCAUGUCAGUCAGAGAGGACCAGUAUGGGACUGAGUCAAAAUCCAUGUAAAACCACGUGUGAAUUAUAGGCGCUGAAAACACAAAUGAAUAAUUGAUCAGCUUAGUUUUAUUUUGGCUUUUGUUUACCAGCUCUAUUACUGUUUUAUAGGCCUAUAUGUUUGUCACAGACCCAUCGAAGAGCCCGUCGGAUCCUCCCGUCCACUAACUUCAGCCCCGUCACAGCAGCAUCUCCGUCACUGCUGCCACUCCAGUUUCUCCCACCGCAGCUCCACCACCGGGGAGUUCCGUCACAACGCUCGCCGCCAGAGGAGCGCCAUGACCCGUGUGGUGGUUGACGGGAUACCGGAUGCCAUCGGAGGAGGAGUGAUGCUGAACCGGCGGAGGAGCAAAGCCAGGCGGAGAAAGCGAAAGGAGUUGUUCGCCUUCCAGAUGUGCUUUGCGGGGGUAGUGCUGGGGCUGGUCGUAGGGCUCCAGUCCGUGGUGCAGAGAGCAGGAUAUCACGUGUCCAGUUCCAUGGUUGUGGAGGAGGCGAGGUGGGGCAGCCGUCACCUCCUGCAGGAGAUCUAUGACAACGAGUCCAAACUGUACUCUGAGCCUGAGAAGAACUGUACUGAACCAGCGAUCCAUGAGUUCCCUAGAGAUUACUUCACCAACCAGGAGCGAGCUGAAGGAGCUGUGGGCCUGCACGUCUUCUUUGCAGUCUACAUGUUCUAUGCCCUGGCGCUGGUGUGUGAUGACUACUUUGUCCCCUCACUAGAGAAGAUCUGUGAGCGUCUUCAUCUGAGUGAGGAUGUUGCAGGAGCGACCUUCAUGGCAGCAGGAAGUUCAGCUCCUGAACUGUUCACAUCUGUCAUUGGAGUGUUCAUCACUAAAGGUGACGUCGGGGUCGGCACCAUUGUGGGCUCAGCCGUCUUCAACAUCCUCUGCAUCAUUGGAGUGUGUGGGAUAUUCACUGUACAGACAAUUCGUCUCUCCUGCUGGCCUCUGCUCAGAGACUCUAUCUACUACACCCUGUCUAUCUCUGCGCUUAUAGUGUUCAUAUAUGAUGAGAAGGUGGUUUGGUGGGAAGCUCUCACGCUGAUCCUGAUGUAUUUCGUCUACAUUCUGAUCAUGAAGAUGAAUUCCUACGUGGUUCGUUUCCUGGAGACAAGGAAGAAGAACUCGCCGUCUCUGAGGAACGGAGCAGCCAGUAACGCUGAGCUGGACGAUGGAUGUGACGCUACAGCUGUUCUGUUAAAGAAAGCGAACCACCAUAGGAAGCCAUCAGUGCUGAUGGUGGACGAGCUGCUCUCGGCGUACCCCCAUCAGCUGUCCUUCUCUGAGGCCGGCAUGAGGAUCAUGAUCACCAGCCACUUCUCCCCCAGAACCCGCCUCACCAUGGCCUCACGGAUGCUCAUCACUGAGAGGCAGCGUCUGAUCAACACACGGACUUUGACCAAUGGAGACUCUGAUGUUCCAGGGAAAGGAGGAAGUAGGCGGGGCAUAGAAAAUGGGCUGUCCGGGGCAGAGAGGGGUGUCAACGUUCACCAUGACGACCAAGAGGCGGGAAAUGAGACAGAGAACGAGGACAAUGAGAACAACGAAAAUGACGAAGAGGAAGAGGAAGAGGAUGGAGACGGACCCUUUGUACCCUUCCAGUGCCCAGCGGGGAUGUGUAACAAGCUGAAGUGGCUGCUGGCCUGGCCUCUGUGCCUGCUGCUAUACUUCACCGUCCCCAACUGCUCCACGCCUCGCUGGGAGAACUGCUUCAUGCUGUCCUUCGUCGCCUCCACCAUGUGGAUCGCCGGCUUCUCCUACAUCAUGGUCUGGAUGGUUACUGUCAUAGGCUUCACUCUCGGCAUCCCCGAUGUCAUCAUGGGCAUCACCUUCCUAGCAGCUGGCACCAGCGUACCUGACUGCAUGGCCAGCCUUAUAGUGGCAAGACAAGGACUGGGAGACAUGGCCGUGUCCAACUCCAUUGGCAGUAACGUGUUUGACAUCUUGGUGGGGCUCGGUCUCCCCUGGGCUGUGAAGACCCUGGCUAUCAACUACGGCUCUGAUAUCAAACUGAACAGUAAAGGACUGAUCUUCUCUGUGGGGCUGCUGUUGGCGUCUGUGUUUCUGACUGUCCUCGGAGUUCACCUGAACAAGUGGACGCUGGACAAGCGUCUUGGUCUCGUGUGUCUCCUCCUCUACUCCGUCUUCCUGUGUUUCUCCUGCCUCAUCGAGUACAACAUCUUCACCUUCGUCAACCUGCCCACCUGUCGGGACGGCUGACACGCACACACGCACGCACACACACACGCACACACACACACACACACACACACACACACACACACACACACACACACACACACGAUCUCCACAGAUCUGAUUCAGUGUCAGCAGGACUCGUUACACCCGCCACACAGAGCAGCACUGAGGACAACAACACAACCACAUGCUGUCUGACCACUGCUUCUUCUUCUUCUUCUUCUUCUUCUUCCUGUGUUUAGGUGUGAACAACGUCAUGUUAACUAGCUGCUAACCUGAGAGGACAGGUGUGUCUGUUAGAGAAAUAGUGAUUAAAGCAAUGAUGUAGGGUGUAGGGUGUAGUUUAGUGCUGUGGUGCAGAUGAUGAAGAUGAAGUUUUCAGACACAGUUAUCUUAGUUUCUGUCACCAUCAUGAAGAAGUGUUCCGUACGUUCCCCCCCCACACACACAGAACCAGGGCAUUAUCCACUCACCUUUUUAUAAUGACCUUCAACAGCACCACAGCUGUAGCUGACAUGUUUUGUAUUGGAGAUGAAUUAUGGAGAGUCUGUCUUUUCCUCCUGUAAAUACUGCACCUCUGUAAAUACUCCAGAUGUUCUAUUGAUUAUUUAUUCAAGUCAUACGCACAUCUCUCCUCUGGAGGCGGUGAACACACCUGGGCAGGUUCUCAUGGACCAGAAGUCCAGACCUCAGACCUGUUCACACGACCACUCGUGUACAAACAAGCACAAUUUACCCUUUGUUUGUCCUGUUGAUUUCAGUGAUGACUUGAUUCAGACACGUCAUUUAGUUUAGUGUGUGUGUGUGUGUGUGUGUGUGCGUGUGUGUGUGUGUGUGCGUGUGUGUGUUAAAACAGAUUCAAAGUUGCACUGAAGAGCUGAAACACCUGUUCCUGAUGCAUGCUGAUUAUAAGGACGGCAUCCUUGUAAAAUGAAGCAGGUUCAUACGAAAAAAAUCAUCAUGUGAG